UCAAAAACGGGAACAACCCAGACGGAAAGCAAGUGUAGGCUUUUUACUUCAAUUUACAUUUAGUUCACACUCUUCUUUUGGGCUCGAUAAAUUAUUCGUAUUAAAAAUAAAAUAUAAUUGUAAGAAUGUCUGAGGACAAAACGCAAAUGUCGGAAUUUCCACUAUGUGUGUCCAAUUCGACACGAGAAUUGGCUCGUUUAACCGAACAGGAGAAACAAAAAGCUGAUCUGAAGGAGAAACAACGUAGACAUACAGCCAAAGUAAUCCGCAAACAGAAGCCACCGAAUGCUCAGAUGGCUUUUUGGCAAAAAAUGUGGAUGGAACAUCGUGAUCGGGUAAAAAAUGCUGUUAGUAAAUUAGAUGCAGAGCCACCAUCAUUUCAAGCGGCACGCAUCACAGGAGUCAAUUCGUUGCGAGACGAUGCUGUUAUCUUUAUGCAUCGCACCAAGGAGAAUAUACAACUUUUGGUGGAAAUCUCACGCACCAUGCGUACCCAUGGGGCUGUGAAUCCCUUUCGCUAUGAACAGGUUCAUGUAACAUCUGCGAUACCUACAAUUAUGGCCAAUCUGGACAAAUUGGAGCGAGAGAAUCGUGAUUUGGGCAAGCGUAUAUUAGAUGUGCGCAGUGAAGUAGAUUCAGGUCUCAAUCCAGAGACAAACAAUGCCAGUCGUCUGCAAAAAGGACAAACAGCUCCUCUCAUCCUAUCCGAGGAUGCCAUUAAUAAGUAUAAAGUGUUCAAUAUGAAUCUGCCGACCACAGAUGCCGAACGCAAGAAACUCUUUCGCCCGCGUAUUUUCUUUGAUAUCUACUUGAAAGAUGCUCGUCCUUUGGGUCGCAUUAUCGUUCAACUCUAUACAGAAGCAGCUCCCGUUGUGGUCCUUCAAAUUGUACGCUCUUGUAUGUGCAAACAGGCAAAUAAAUUCCAUACGAAACGUCUAUUUCCCAGUCUCUGGAUGGAUGUGAAUCUUGAGUUGCCUUCCAUUUCGCCACUGCACAAUCCCCUUGAGUAUGAUGCAAAAGUUAUGGAUCAUGGUAGCUGGAAUCAUGUGUUAUCGUUUAGUAAGGAGUACUGUAAAACAGGUUUUCAGGAUGCCCUAUGCUUUGCCAUAUCCUUUAAACCUCUUUCGGUUUGCAAUGGCUCACGUGUGGGUUUCGGUCGCAUCAUUAAAGGUAGCAAGAUCUGCGAUUGCAUACAAAGUUAUGGCACUAAAAAUGGUAAACUUAGCCGUGGCAUUUUAUUUACCAGUUGUGGUCUUUUAUAAGAGAGAGCGAGAAAAAAAACAACCCCCAGAUAUCUAAAUCAAUAAUAUUUUGUAUGUUGUGAGAGUUUUGUUACAAAUUUACUUUGUCAAAUAAAUAUAACUAAUUAACCUG